AUCAGUGGGAGCCGGCGUUUCUUAGAAGACCGGAAGUGGAGUCACUCAGAGCUAGCGUCCGGAAGUGGCCGCGGUCUUUUGAAUAAUAAACUGUCAGUAGGUCCUAAAUGUUCUUCGGAAAGAACUUUUCUGGAAUAACCUUGGUAACCAGAAAUGGAGAGAAAAGUAAGCAAAAUCUGUCUUGCCUCUGAAGCCAAUAUAAUUCAUUUUCUACAAGUGUCUUGGGAGAAAACACUAGGAUCUGGUUUUGUUAUUACACUUACUGAUGGUCAGUCAGCAUGGACUGGGACAGUUUCUGAAUUGGCAAUUUCCCAAGAAGCUGAUGACAUGGCAAUGGAAAGAGAAAAAUAUGUGGAUGAACUAAGAAAAGCAUUGGUGUCAGGACCAGGACCAAGUAAUACAUACAAGUUUGAUUUUUCUAAAGAAUCUUGUCAUUUCUACUUUGAGAAAAACCUGAAAGAUGUUUCAUUUAGAAUUGGAUCCUUUAAUCUAGAGAAAGUAGAAAGCCCAGCUGAGGUCAUCAGAGAACUUAUUUGUUACUGCCUGGACACCAUUGCUGAAAACCAAGCCAAAAAUGAGCACCUGCAGAAAGAAAAUGAAAGGUUUCUGAGAGAUUGGAAUGAUGUUCAAGAACGGUUUGAAAAAUGUGUGAGUGCCAAAGAAGCCUUGGAGACUGAUCUCUAUAAACGGUUUAUUCUGGUGUUGAAUGAGAAGAAAUCGAAGAUCAGAAGCUUACAUAAUUUAUUAAAAGAAGUUCAAGAAUUGGAAAAGAAUGCUGAAGAUGAAAGGGAAAACAAAGAAAUAACUGCUGACCAAGGUGCAAUCUAUGAUGAAAGCACUGAUGAGGAAAGUGAACACAUGUCUGAGUCCUCUGUAUUGGCUCAAGCCACUUUAAGUAAAGAUGACUCCAUUAUUUCAAGUCCUGAUGUCACUGAUAUUGCACCAAGUAGAAAGAGGAGGCAGCUAAUGCAAAAAAAUCUUGGGACUGAACCUAAAAUGACUCCUCAGGAGCUUCAACUUCAAGAGAAAGAAAAGUCUUCCCUUCUUCAACUCCGUACCUCUGUGCAGCUAGAUUUUCUUCAUAUCCUUCAGUAAAAUAACAUGCCACAGCUGAUUGAAUGCAGACGCUAAUGAAAAUCUAAAUGUUUUUAAUCAUGCUAGUCAUGCAAAAGAAUAAAACAAUGCAAUAAUAAGAUUUUUUGCUUGUAAAAUAUAUGAUAUUUCAUAAGGAAUGGUAUUAGUGUUAUCACAUGAUGCAUGUUUCAUGUUGUUGAAUGAAUUGAUGAAUAUUUUUAGUUUUAAUUUUGAAUAUGCAGAAAUAAUUCACAGAAACAAAAUGUAGACACAAAACUCUUGAGGCGCUCAAGUGUUUUCACAAGUAUUCUGAGAGCAAAAGUAGGGGCUGAGGAUGUGGCCAAUGGUAGUAUACUUGCCUAGUAUCAACUAGACCCAGGCACACCAAAAACAACAACAAAAAAACAUACACACACAAAAAAUCCAAUUUCAUCUGAGAUCAAAUGCUUCACAAUUCUGUUAUUGACAGUAAAAAUGUAAGGCUAAGUUUCAUUGCAUGUCUUGGGAAAGUGGCAAACUGAUAGGAGAAAGUUUAAGUUUUUUAGAAUAAAAUAAAUGUUUUAUAUGUAACAGUAAGAUUAUUUUGUCUAUUUUUCCUUGAGUUUAUUCUGUCCACAAUUGGCCUGAUCUACUUGUACUUAAAAUAUGUCACCUGAAAAUAAACUGGGUCUAUUAUGUAUAGCUUAUUUAUGUGUAGAAAAUAUGCAUGCAAAAGCUCAGUGUACAUUGAACUCUUGCUGGUUUGUGGUUAUCAUCUAAAUUUAAAACCUCAGCUCUUAACCCCUUGAGAGAGUUCAUUGAGUUUCAGGCAGAGUAUAAUCUAUUUCCAAGUUACAAACAUUAGAAUAGCCAAACUAUUCCUAUAUGUUAUUAUGGAAAAGAAUAAAAUUACCAGCAGUUUGAAAUAUUCAGAAAAUUCUGCCCUUUAUUAGGCAAAUGGUAAGUCAUGAAUAUUGGUUAUGUGCCAGAAUAAUGAAAUGCGGAGGAUUCAGGGGAGUGGAAAACAGACACAGGACUGUGUCGUCAUGCAGCUUUUGAUCUAUUUUUCUUCCUCUGGUAAAAAUUUCAGGGUGUGUGUUAAGAAAGAAAUACGUUCGUUUCAUGUUGGAUACUACAUCUUAGGACUUUUCACUGUAUGUGUGAAUUAAAGGUAAAAUUUUAAGGCUACUGACAUUUUAAAAGUAUAUUACAUGCAUGAUAGAAGAAUGAAAGCAAUUUAACUCUGAAUCAUGACAAAAUAUUUUUAGCUUUUUGAUAAAGGCAAUGUGUUUGUUUCCACAAACAAUCUAAUGAUUAAAUUAUGUUUCUUCUCUUUUCCACUUUCAAA